AUGAACUACGUGCUCCACAAGUGGUCGGCAGGCUGGGGCCUGCCGUCGCUGUCGGUGGGAUGCAUCCAAGUUGAGGCAGUCCUAAGGUUUGCUGGGCUGAACGUCUACGCGCAACACAGCCGCCUUCCAGGGAGCUCUCCUACUGGCCAAUUCCCAGCGCUGGAGCAUGACAACGACCUCGUAGGCGCCCCUGUGGGCACUGGAGAUGAAGGCGAAUUCGAUGCAAUGAGAGCAGUCAUGGAGUACAUCAAAGGACAGGGGGAGGAUGUUGAUGGACAUCUUACCAAUGCCCAGAGAGGAGAGCUUGCUGGAAUGGUGGCACUGGUGCAGGUGGCGCUUGAGCCUGCCACGCUGUACACAACCUGGAUUGAGCCAGAGGGCUUCAAAAAGUAUCAGAAAGCAUACAGUGGGGUGCUCCCAUGGCCAUUGGACCAUGUUGUGGCAUGGGAAACAAGACGAGCGGUGGUGAAGAAGCUGGAAGGGAUCUCACCGCAAAAGAUCUUUGAGGAAGCAGUUGCGGCCAUUGAGAGUAUUGCUGACUUCAUAGAGGGCCAGCAGUCAAAGGGUUCCUAUUGCUUUGGUGACCAGCCCUCCAGUCUUGAUGCCCUUAUGUAUGGACAUUUGCAAUAUUACAGAAUGGCACCAGUUGCAGCACCAAUCCUGCAGAGAAAGGUCACGGCCAAUGCAUCGCUGCUUCGAUAUCUCGACAGCAUUUCAUCGCGGUUCUUUCAGGAAGAAGCUUCACCCCCUCCACCAAGGAUCAUACCAGAGGAGGCUGACGAGGAGAUUCUGUCACGAUGGUCGAUGGCAGCUCAGGGUCGCAGGAGUGAUGUGCCCCAGUCAUCAGAUGAAGGUGGAAGAGAAAACGUGCAUUUGAAGAAGACAGCCAAAUGGUGGCUAGCCUUUGCCGGAAUCAUGAUGGCUGCAUAUGCCUUUUAUCAUCCUCCACCCAUUCGUGUGCAGUACACAGAUGCGAUGCUGGAUGACGAUGAAGAUGAUGAUGUUGACAGCUAG